UUGUGAACUAGUGUGUUUGGGGGUUGUAUGAAAAUGAAAAUUAUGACUCAUCACAGUUGGGCGAAAAAUCUUGUGUGAAUGAUUUGUCUACUUCCAGAAGCAGCUUCCCCUUCCAUGGAUUCUGGGAUGCUGCAUAUUACUCUUUGAUCUGAUGUUCACUUCUUCACUUUGCAAAGCAGGGGAAAAGAUGGUUCUAACACGGAUUGGUCUUGCUGGCCUUGCUGUCAUGGGUCAAAACCUCGCACUCAACAUUGCGGAGAAAGGCUUCCCGAUUUCUGUGUACAACCGUACCACCUCUAAGGUCGAUGAAACUGUGGAGCGUGCCAAACAAGAAGGCGAUCUCCCAGUGUAUGGCUUCCAUGAUCCGGCUGCCUUCAUUAAUUCAAUCCAGAAGCCACGAGUUGUUAUUAUGCUUGUGAAGGCAGGAGCACCAGUGGACCAAACCAUUCAGACACUGUCUGCUUACAUGGAGAAGGGUGACUGCAUUAUUGACGGCGGCAAUGAAUGGUACGAGAACACCGAGAGGAGAGAAAAAGCAGUGACUGAACAAGGCCUUCUUUAUCUUGGAAUGGGAGUUUCCGGUGGUGAAGAGGGUGCACGCCACGGGCCUUCUUUGAUGCCCGGAGGGUCGUUUGAGGCCUACAAGUACAUUGAAGACAUUCUUCUGAAGGUGGCCGCGCAGGUUCCAGACAGCGGCCCUUGUGUUACCUACAUUGGCAAAGGAGGCUCAGGCAACUUUGUGAAAAUGGUACACAAUGGGAUUGAGUACGGUGAUAUGCAGCUUAUUGCUGAAGCUUAUGAUGUUUUGAAAUCUGUCGGGAAGCUAUCCAAUGAUGAGUUGCAACAAGUUUUUUCUGAGUGGAACAAAGGUGAACUUCUCAGCUUCCUGAUUGAGAUCACAGCAGACAUUUUUGGAAUCAAGGAUGACAAGGGAGACGGUUACCUUGUUGACAAAGUCCUUGACAAGACUGGAAUGAAAGGUACUGGCAAGUGGACUGUCCAACAAGCUGCCGAUCUAUCAGUGGCCGCGCCAACAAUUGCAGCCUCUUUGGAUUCAAGGUUCCUUAGUGGAUUAAAGGAAGAAAGAGUAGAAGCUGCUAAAGUUUUCAAGGCUGGUGGUUUCAGUGACAUUUUGGGCAACCAAUCAGUUGACAAGGCAAAAUUGAUCGAUGAUGUUAGACAAGCUCUUUAUGCAUCGAAGAUUUGUAGCUAUGCACAAGGGAUGAACUUGAUAAGAGCUAAGAGCACGGAGAAAGGAUGGGGUCUCAAGUUGGGUGAGCUUGCAAGGAUUUGGAAAGGCGGGUGCAUCAUUCGCGCCAUAUUCUUGGAUCGCAUCAAGCAAGCAUAUGACAGGAAUUCUGAUCUGGCAAACCUACUUGUUGAUCCAGAGUUUGCGAAAGAGAUAUUAGAUCGUCAAGCAGCUUGGCGCAGAGUGAUUUGCCUCGCCAUCAACUCUGGUGUUAGUACUCCGGGGAUGUCAACCAGUUUGGCUUACUUUGACACUUACAGGCGGGAAAGGCUUCCAGCGAACUUGGUUCAAGCUCAGAGGGAUUACUUCGGAGCUCAUACCUAUGAGAGGGUCGACAUGCCAGGAUCGUUCCACACCGAGUGGUUCAAGAUCGCCCAACAGUCGAAGAUGUGAUUAGUCUUUGGCAAGCUAGCAAUUUUCUGUGUCAGUAACUGAGGUAAUAAUAAAUUUCUUCUAUGGAAACUUUCAUAGAGUAUGAUUCAGCCCCAUAUUUGAACUUGAUGGCUGGUUGAACUGGUUGAACUAGUUGAAUAUGUUUUUCUGUUUGGAUUUGAGUGCUUCUCUAGUUUCUGUACCAUGAUUCUGAAUUCUAUAUUGUUAAGAGGGAAUUUUGAUCUUCAUUAGAUCAAGUGUGUUUUUCAUCA